AAAGAACAGCUAUCAGUCACCAGCAGCUGGCUGGAGGUGCACUUUGGCCCUAUAAAUAACAGGAAAGAACUGUUCCCAGCCCAGUCAGAGGGGAUACCACAAGAGCAACACCAGCUGUGCAGCGGAUAUACAAAGUUUAAGUGCAGCAGACAUGGAUGUGAUCUUUGGUAGAAAUAAAGAGGAGCACCCAGAGCCCAUAAAGGCAGAGGUGAAAGGUGAGCUACCAAGCUGGCUGCAGGGGAUUCUUCUUCGCAAUGGCCCAGGCAUGCACACAGUGGGGGAAACCCGCUAUAAUCAUUGGUUUGAUGGCUUGGCUCUGAUGCACAGUUUUACAUUUAAAAAUGGCGAAGUUUACUACAGAAGUAAAUACCUCCGCAGUGACGCAUACAAUUGUAAUAUAGAAGCAAACAGAAUUGUGGUGUCAGAGUUUGGAACUAUGGCUUAUCCAGAUCCAUGCAAAAACCUAUUUGCCAAAGCAUUCUGCUACUUGUCCCACACCAUUCCUGAGUUCACAGACAACUGCCUGAUCAAUAUUAUGAAAACUGGUGAGGAUUAUUAUGCUACAAGCGAGACUAACUUCAUUAGGAAAAUUAAUCCUCACACCCUGGAGACAUUAGAGAAGGUUGACUACAAUAAAUAUGUAGCGGUGAACCUGGCGACUUCUCAUCCCCAUUAUGACAGCGCUGGAAAUGUUCUCAAUAUGGGCACCUCUAUAGUUGACAAGGGGAAGACAAAAUAUGUUAUAUUUAAGAUUCCUUCCUCAGUGCCAGAGAAAGAAAAGAAGUUGUCCUGUCUCAAACACCUGGAAGUGUUGUGCUCUAUCCCUUCCCAGUCUCUCCUUCACCCAAGCUACUAUCACAGUUUUGGAGUUACAGAAAAUUAUAUCAUCUUCAUGGAGCAGCCAUUCAAACUGGACAUUCUCAAGUUGGCAACUGCCUACUUCAGAGGUGUCAACUGGGCAUCCUGCCUUUCCUUCCAUAAGGAAGAUAAGACUUGGAUUCACCUCAUAGACAAACAGACCAAAAAGGAUAUAUCCACCAAGAUUUAUACAGAUGCCAUGGUCCUUUUUCACCAUGUGAAUGCUUAUGAGGAGGAUGGCCAUGUUGUUAUUGAUGUCAUUUCCUAUUCAGACAAUAGCCUGUAUCAAAUGUUCUAUUUAAAAAACUUGAAUGAAAGCUUUGAGGAAAACACCAAACUCACUUCCAUACCAGCCUGCAAGCGAUUUGUGGUACCUCUGGGGUUUGGCAAGGAUGCAGAAGUAGGUACUAAUUUAGUCAAACUUCCAUCAACUACUGCAACUGCUCUGAAAGAAAAAGAUGGAAACAUCUAUUGUCAGCCUGAAAUGUUAUGUGAGGGAAUAGAGCUGCCUCGCAUCAACUAUGAUUAUAAUGGCAAAAAAUACAGAUAUUUCUAUGCAACAGAAGUUCGGUGGAGUCCAGUUCCCACAAAGAUAACAAAAUAUGAUGUUCUGACAAAGAAAAAGCUCAGCUGGGAGGAGGAGCACUGCUGGCCAGCCGAGCCUGUCUUUGUUCCCAGUCCUGAUUUAAAAGAAGAAGAUGAUGGUCUUAUUUUAUCCUCCAUUGUGACAUCAGAUCCCAGGAAAGCACCCUUCCUGCUCGUCUUGGAUGCUAAAACAUUCACAGAGAUGGCUCGGGCCACAGUUAAUGUAAACUUGCAUCUGGACCUGCAUGGACUCUUCAUACCAGAGAAGGAUUUGAACGCAGAGCAUGAAUAGAAGACUCUUCAUCUUACUACAUGAACAUUAAAAUGCAACAACCCACCUCCUGACCCUAGGCAAAUACCCCUUUUGUCAUUUGCAAACCACCUUAUGUCAUGGCAAAGAAUAACCAAAUACUACAUCUAUACAGUUACUUUUCAUUACAAAUAAUAGUGAUUUGCACAACAGGCAAGUAACUAUUGCAAAAAAGCAAUAUUUAACAGAAUACAAAACAAGGCUGAACGCUGACCACUCCUCUCUCUUACAUCACACCUUAGAAGUUGUAUACACUAUGUGCAGUGAGCUGUGUUUUAUUCUAUACAUCACUGACUAUACUGAGCAAGGGGAGGUACUGUAUUUACAAUAUGGCAUACAGCAGGAGUCAGGCUUGCCCAGUUUGUAUAACUUCCAUGGAUUGUUUCAAGACAGCAUAUGAUCAAAAUUCUCUCUCUCUCUCUCCUGUCAGAAAUCCUGAUAUUUUUAAGGUUUCAGAGUAACAGCCGUGUUAGUCUGUAUUCGCAAAAAGAAAAGGAGUACUUGUGGCACCUUAGAGACUAACCAAUUUAUUUGAGCAUAAGCUUUUGUGAGCUAUAGCUCACUUCAUCGGAUGCAUACUGUGGAAAGUGUAGAAGAUCUUUUUAUACACAUAAAGCAUGAAAAAAUACCUCCUCCCACCCCACUCUCCUGCUGGUAAUAGCUUAUCUAAAGUGACCACUCUCCUUACAAUGUGUAUGAUAAUCAAGGUGGGCCAUUUCCAGCACAAAUCCAGGGUUUAACAAGAACGUCGGGGGGGGGGGGUGGGGGGGGUAGGAAAAAACAAGGGGAAAUAGGUUACCUUGCAUAAUGACUUAGCCACUCCCAGUCUCUAUUCAAGCCUAAGUUAAUAGUAUCCAAUUUGCAAAUGAACUCCAAUUCAACAGUUUCUCGCUGGAGUGUGGAUUUGAAGUUUUUUUGUUGUAAUAUAGCAACUUUCAUGUCUGUAAUCGCGUGACCAGAGAGAUUGAAGUGUUCUCCGACUGGUUUAUGAAUGUUAUAAUUCUUGACAUCUGAUUUGUGUCCAUUUAUUCUUUUACGUAGAGACUGUCCAGUUUGACCAAUGUACAUGGCAGAGGGGCAUUGCUGGCACAUGAUGGCAUAUAUCACAUUGGUGGAUGUGCAGGUGAACGAGCCUCUGAUAGUGUGGCUGAUGUUAUUAGGCCCUGUGAUGGUGUCCCCUGAAUAGAUAUGUGGGCACAGUUGGCAACGGGCUUUGUUGCAAGGAUAGGUUCCUGGGAUAUUUUUAAGUAUGAGCUACGGCACUAAUGAUUCAUAGAAAUCUGUUGCUUUGUUGCUUGACUUCUAAAGCUCCAGUAAGACCAAAGUGAAAUGUCUAAAGUGUUGCAGCUUUUUGAUCAGGAGCCUAGAAAACUUUUGCAGUAUUAAUCAUUUUGUGGCAUUAAAAAAAGGGAGCGGGUGGUGAGCUUUGUGAAAGAAACUGAAGCUUAAGUAACUUAAUUUCAAAUGGAACGUAUGCUUUUAUUAACACUUAAUUAUAUUUUAAUGGUAUUUAAAUUAAUCUUUACCUUGCACUGUAAUUGUUUGUUUGUUUUUCCCUUAGGAAUAUCUGAUAUGGCAUUUAACUGUAUUGUCUCAAAGAUAAAUGAUGAUUUGUCUCUUUA